CUAAUGUACACCGCAGCAUUGGCAGCUGCAUUGUGCUUUGGAUUAUUGUACGAUUUUCGUGUCAUACGUUCACUGGCAAUCAGGUUAACAAACACUGGUAAACUGUGAUUAAGGUGCUUUUUUUAUAUCACUGAUGCUUAGCUGACAAGAAAUAUCUGUAUACGACCGUAAGACACAAAAUGGGAAGAAGAAAAACUAAUAAACAAGCGCCCCUGACUAAAGAUGGAGAAGAAAAGAAGGAUGAAAAAGGAAUUUCUUUAAUUUCAGCGAAAAAAACAUAUGCUCUUCCUAAGGCAGAGAGCAAAGAGCUCGCUGAUAACAUAGAUGGAAUUGAAAAAGUGAACAUUCCUGAUAACCUGGAGAGAGAAAUUGUGGACAUGAUCCUACAAGAACACCAAAAACAAAAACGCUUUGGAGUCUUGUCCAAACGAAUUACCACUAAAAAGUUAAUGGAUGUUUACAACAGCCUAUCUGGUGCAGGAUUCUCACAUCAUCAGAUAGAGGCUGCCAUGACAGCAACUAUCAUGAAAGGAGGGGACGUCCAUGAUGCUCUUGACUGGUUAUGCCUUAACACAGCAAAUGAUCAGCUGCCAAAGGGUUUCUCACAAACACUUCAGGAGGAAGAAGAAAAGAAAUAUAGACCUCGGUUUGACCCUUCUCAGCAGAAAGACGCAAGAAUGGGGACUUCGUCAGCUACACAAACAGUACCCGUUCAGGGUAAGACAGGCAAGGUUUCUAAGCCUGAUGAUGGUACAGUAAAAGACUGGAUCCUGCAAUAUGCUGAACAAAGUUCAGGCUCUUCUGAGGACAAGUCAGACGAAGAGGAAGACCCAAAUGAACGAUAUAAAGUACUCUCUUCACAAAUUGAGGAAGCGAAAAAUGAGGCCUUUGAUGCCAAAAUGAGGGCUGAUAAGUCAGGUCAUACAAGAGCAUCCAAGAGAAUAAGGGAACUCACUUUGGAGAGAGAUGCUAUGGAGAGGCAUCCAAACUUCAAGCCAGCCACUAAACUUGGAGUAACAAAACCGCCGAAGAAAUUAGAGAGGAAAGACAAAGAAAUGGAGCAACUGAUUCACGAAGAUGACAUUCCUAAAGAGAAGAGCAGAUCCAUGCCGCCUACUGUUCUCCCUCGAGAUCAGAAGUCAAAGCGAAGAGGCCAUUCACCUGCUGAUGCCGAAGACAGUGGCUUCAAUCUUUUUGGCUUUGACAAGAUGGAAGAGGGAGCGACUGCAGCUAAAAAUGAAUCCCAAGAAGCAAAGGAAAUAAAGGAAGAUGUAAGAUGCUUUGAAUAUACUCGGCAGCAGUGGACUGGUAAACACCCAAAGCAGUUUCUUAUUGACUGGUGUCGUAAGCACCUUCCCCAGAGUCCACCACCAAAAUAUGAGAAAAUUCAGCUGAAGUACAACCGCUUUAAGUGCAAGGUGACAGUAGAUAGACAGAAGGAAGGAUUGUUGCAAGUGACUCCUGACAUUCUUUGUGAAAAUGCCAAGGAAGCAGAAAUGCUGGGCUGCACACUUGCAUUGUACCACUUGUGCAAAGGACAGUCUGUUUACCAGCUUUUACCUCCUCCCUACCGUGUGGUGUGGCUUGAAUGGAAGGAAGAAGAUGACUCCUCUAAGCAGCAAAACAAGCAGAAGGAGAACAAGCUUCGAGACCAGUUUGUUACCAAACUGAUCAAAAAGCUGAAGCUUGAUGAGAAUGCAGGCGCCAAGACUGCCAUUCCAGUCCCUGAAAGGGAGAAAGAAAAAAAUGGUGCCCAGAGUGAGGAAGGUGACACUGCAGAUGAUGUGCAGGACAGUUGGGAGGCAUUGAGUGAUAUGGAUGCUACAAAGUUUAUCAAUGACUCUCCUACUGCAGGUUCAGAAGCACCAGAAUCUGCCUUAUCCAAUUCACCUGGGUUUCCAAAGAAACGAAUAGGAGAGAAAGCUAGGAGACCUUCAUCAGCUGUUUUGAAGCAGAUGCUGCAAAGUCUGCAUGCCACAAAACAGCACCAAGAACUACUCAAAACACGACAGGAGCUGCCUGUGUUUCAGUUUCGUCAAGAGAUGCUGGACAAAGUUCAUAAUGCCAGUGUGUUGGUAAUCGGUGGGGAAACAGGGAGUGGAAAGAGUACACAGAUUCCUCAAUUUCUUUUGGAGGAUUUAAUAGAGAAAGGAGAUGGAGCCAAGUGCAACAUUGUGAUCACUCAGCCACGAAGAAUCUCAGCUGUCAGCAUUGCCAACCGUGUAUCUGAAGAACUAGGGGAGUCUCCAAAGGAAAGGCACAGAAAUUUGUGUGGUUACCAGAUCAGGUUUGAGUCACGCAAGAGUCCCAUGACUUGUUUGACAUAUUGUACAACAGGUGUUGUGCUACGACAGCUCCAGAGUGAUCAAAAUCUUUCCAGUGUGUCCCAUCUCAUCAUUGAUGAGGUGCAUGAACGCAGUGUAGAGUCUGAUUUCCUUUUGAUGAUUGUGAAGAGGAUUCUGAGGACUCGCACUGAUUUAAAGGUCAUCUUGAUGAGUGCUACUUUGGACAGCAGAAAGUUUUCUGCCUAUUUCUCUAAUUGCCCUGUUCUCAGCAUCCCAGGUCGUACAUUUCCUGUGGAGGUUUUACACAUAGAGGAUGUGAUAGAGAUGACUGGCUAUGUUGUGGAUGAGGAUUCACCCUACACUCUUAAACAGAGUGAUCUCCUUGAUGAAGAUUCUGCAGUAGUUGAAGUGACAGAUCAAAAAGGGGAGACAAAGCAAGUGGACUUGUUUUGGACAACAGAGAAUAUUAGUGACAUUGAUAGGACAACACUGCCAGCAGAGAAGUACAGCAAGAGAACAAGGAAUGCUGUCACUCGUCUUAACCCAGACAAAAUUAAUAUGGAUCUCAUCAUGGACUUACUCCGGCACUUAGGGAGUUCAGAACAUUACAAAGGUAUGGGUGGUGCGAUUCUUAUUUUCUUACCAGGACUUGCUGAGAUCCAGGAGCUGCAUGAAAUGCUAACAUCUGACAGACACUUCAGCAACCCUCAUAAAUUUCAGAUAUUUGCUCUUCAUUCAGUCUUAUCCUCUGAAAACCAAGAUCAGGUGUUUGCAGUGCCACAAAGGGGAGUCAGGAAGAUUGUUAUUGCUACCAACAUUGCAGAAACAGGAAUAACAAUCCCAGACAUUGUUUUUGUGGUGGAUUCUGGAAAAGCCAAGGAAAACAGAUACAAAGAGACCACACAGAUGAAGUCCCUGAUGGAGGUUUUCAUUAGCAAGGCAAAUGCAAAGCAGCGACGAGGUCGGGCUGGUAGAAUUCAGAAGGGGUUCUGUUUUCGAAUGUACACAGCUGAGAAAUAUCAGAAAAUGGCAGAUUUCAUGCUGCCAGAAAUUCUGCGAGUGCCACUGGAGGAACUUUGUUUGAUUAUUAUGAAGUGCAACCUGGGAAAGCCAGAAGACUUCCUUGCAGAAGGGCUAGACCCUCCACAGCCCUCCAGCAUUUCACGGGCUAUGUCUUUGCUCAGGGAGGUAGGGGCAUGCUAUGCGGAUGCACCCUCUCUUACCCCGCUAGGACAUCACCUGGCAUCCCUUCCAGUGAAUGUGCGAAUUGGCAAGAUGUUGAUCUUUGGAGCAAUUCUGGAUUGUUUGGAGCCAGUGGCAGUCAUAGCAGCAGCAAUGGCAGAUAAAACUCCAUUUGUAGUGCCUCUAGGCCGGCAGGAUGAGGCCACAGAAGCAAAGAAAGCUCUUGCCACUGCUGCCUCAGAUCAUUUAACAUUGUACAAAGCAUAUCAAGGAUGGUGCAUUGCUAGAAGUAAAGGGAAAGCUGAAGAAUUCAAAUACUGUAAUCAGCACUUCUUAAAACGUAACACCUUGCUAGACAUUGAGAAUGUUAAAAAAGAUCUCAUAAAACUUGUCAAUGGCAUUGGCUUUGGCACUGAACUCUCAAGGCUUCAGUCACCUGCAUUGUCUUCAACCACCAGCUCACCUGCUGUCCUGGAUAUCAGCAAGCUCACCUCCAAAACCAAUGAACUGGACCAGCACACUGUUGCCAUGGUGAAAGCAGUUCUCUGUGCAGGACUAUAUUCUCAAGUUGCUAAGAUUACACCAGUAGAUAAAGCUGAGGUCAGCGCUCAUCCAGGUAUGAAAAAGCCAUGCCUGGUGGAGUCAGCUCAAGGCCACUCCCAGAUUCACCCUUCCUCAGUCAACCGCUUUCUCAUGAUGCACUCUGUGGCCUGGCUGACCUAUGGAGAAAAGGUGCAGUCAACACGAGUAUAUCUGAGAGACACUACAUUAGUUUCAGCAUAUCCAUUACUGCUGUUUGGUGGAGAUAUUAAAGUUCAGCAUCUACAGAAACUCUUGUUAGUGGAUAACUGGAUCAAGUUUACAGCUGUUGCCAGAAUUGGUGUCAUCUUCAAAGAAUUACGCAUGUUGCUGGAACAACUUCUAGAAAGAAAACUUAGAGAGCCAUCCCUAAAUGUGUCCAACAAUCAAUUGAUUCAGCUGAUAACACAACUCAUCAAGUCAGAGAAGCCUGUGAGAUAGCAGCUGAUGUCAUCUGACUUGGUCAUCUUGUCACACCUGUAUCAUACCAGAUUGAACUCAUGUGCUGAACCUUUGGAACAGGGGAUGAUUAACUUGUUUCUUGUGCUAUUGACAUGUAUGUGAAACUUGUUUUGUGAUGCUUUCUGUAAAAUGUAAUAAAUGUGUUCAGGUGGAUGAUAGUCCAACUUUUUUUUUUUUUAAUGAGUGUACAUAAGGUGCCCAUCAUGAAGGUGAAACAUGCAUCCCUUGUUUCUCCUGCACCAGGCAAAGUAUUGUCUUUUAAUGGCUUAAAACUUAAUUUAAAAUGUACUGAAAUAUACCGAUUUAUAUUUAUGGUUGAUAUACUCUCUACAACAUGAACACUGAGAUGCAUUCUUUUUAACAAGAUAUUUGUAAUGAUAAUGUUGUGCAACAGUUUCUUUCUUAUCUUCUGCUCCCAACUCACAUUUCAUUUAGAUAAUUUUUCAGACAAAGCAAAAUAAAAAUGUAUAACAAUUA